CAGUAUGUGUGUUCCGUCAUAAGUUGGCCCCAGUAUUCAGAAUAACAAUGCAAUGCUUGAUCAGCUGGAGACACAUAGAUAAUUUAAUUCCAUACACGAGGUAACCUACAAUCAAGGAUGUAAUAUCGACUUUAACACAGUCAACACAAACUGAGAGUGCUGGAUGAGGAGAACAUGUGAUCGUCUCGCUACAGUUUUCUUCCUGGUUGUGUUUGUAAUUUCCCUAUCUGGGACGACACGGAUGCCGGAUGUCACUGCACCACUGCAGCUGCCUGUGCCGUGUUCCCCUCUACUCCCUGUAGCCAGGUCGACGAUCCAGACAAAUGUCAGGAAGGUUGGUUCGGUUCCUACUGCCAAAGACAGAAUAUUGCAUUGAGAAGAAGUGCCACACAGAGCAGUACCUACAGUGAAAACAGCACCAGAACAGGGAAUACACAUCAGGUUUUCGAGGCUAAGUAUGGCGUGGAUGGCAGAGCUACCACAGACUUCUAUAGUAGACCAUUCACAUGUACACAUACAUUAGCUGGAGACCAAACUUGGACUGUGUACCUGAACAAUUCAAACACAGACAAGAUACAACACGUCAAGCUGUAUCUACGUAGCAAGUACAAAGCCCGAAACAAUGGUAUGCAGAUAUAUGUUGGUGGACAGCUUUGCUUCCAGUGGUCAAGGAAUAAUCAUCCGCCAACUGUAGCUGAUGUCAAAUGUCAACAAGCACUGACAGGAAACAACCUCACUAUAGAGAACAGCAAUUAUCUCACAUUGUGCGAGGUGCAGAUAUUUGUUUGCAGUGACGGCUGGUUUGGUGAGGACUGUGAAAAACAGUGUCACUGUUCACUAAACACAGAAAUAUGCGACAAGAUCACUGGGCAGUGUCUGAGUGGAUGUGCUCCAGGAUACAUGGGUCCAGACUGCCAAACAGAGUGUCCAGACGGUUACUAUGGAAAUUGUACCUCCAAGUGUGGAAACUGCCUCAAUCCUGAUUAUUGUAACAAGACUACAGGCAUCUGUCCUGAAGGUUGUGCUGCAGGGUGGCAAACAGACAACUGUAUUCAACCAUGUCCAGAUGGUUACUAUGGUCCUAACUGUGACGACCACUGUGGAAACUGUGUGGAUGGUGAUGCUUGCAUCAAGAUAAAUGGAACAUGUCCUGGAGAAUGUGCAGCAGGAUGGUUCAACGACAAGUGUAAUCAGCCAUGCCCAGAUGGACGUUAUGGUGCCAAUUGUGCGUCUCUGUGUGGUCACUGUCUGGACACUGACGUCUGUGACAAGGUGACGGGGGCAUGUCCUGGAGGAAGAUGUCAGCCUGGAUGGUGGCCAGAUUUCUGUUCACAAGCUUGCAGUGACGGUCGCCAUGGACACCAAUGUCAGUCUGAAUGUGGUCAAUGUAAAGGAAACUCGCCUUGUAACAAGGUCAAUGGAACAUGUCAACAAGGAUGUCGGCCAGGCUUUCAAGAACCCUUUUGUAAAGGUAGUACAGAGUGCCCGGCAACGCCAGGAUACUCAAACCAGGUAGUGCCAGUUGCAGCAACACUUGGUACACUUCUCAUCUUGGCUCUCAUCGCUCUGUUGACAUCCAUCAUUUACAUUAGAAGACUGACGAUUCAACUGGAUGCCUCACAAAAGAAACCUGAAGACCACUACAUACCCCUAGACGAGAGAACCAGGGAUCCAGUUGUGGAGAACACAUAUGAACACAUUCACAAUACCAAUCCUUAUGUUAAUGCAGUCGAAGUCCCUCAGGGACGAAAAUGUACAGAUGGUUACUAUGGUCUGACCUGUGGCUUCCAGUGUGGCAACUGUGUGGAUGGUGAUGUUUGCAUCAAGACAAAUGGAACAUGUCCUGGAGGAUAUGCAACAGGGUGGUUCAGUGACAGGUGUGACCAGCUUGGGAUAUCAAACAUGGAAUGGUGCUGGGUGAGACUGCUUGUGGUCUGUGUCACUGCGGCCCUCACUGAUGCCCAAUGUCACUGCAGUACCACAGAGCUCUGUAACAGUUUCCCCUCAGCUCCCUGUAGUCAGAUGGGUGGUCAGGACAUGUGUCAGGAAGGAUGGUUUGGUCCGUACUGUCAGAAACAAAAUAUUGCUCUGCGAAGAUCGUGUAGCCAGAGUAGUACUCUAUCCAAUAAUGCAAACGAUCAUGGAGCAGGACUGGGUGUUGACGGCAGAGCCACAACAGAUGCCAGGAGCCAGCCAUGGACAUGUGCUCAUACAAAGAAUGAGACAAAUCCCACCUGGACUGUGAACCUGAACACUUUAGUUCCAGAGAAGAUACAACACAUCAGGCUUUAUCUACGUGGCGAUGACCUUCAGGAGAGAAGCAACGGCAUGGAGAUAUUUGUGGGCAGCCAGAUGUGCUACAACUGGCCAUCAACUGAACAUCCUCCUCCUAUAGCUAACGUCACCUGCCGCCAGCCACUGACAGGAACCACGGUCACUAUACGGAUACCUGGUCCACUGAAAUUCCUUACUUUGUGUGAAGUGCAGAUAUUUGUUUGCAGUGAUGGAUGGUUUUCUGAAGACUGUGACAAACAGUGCCGAUGCCUUAACAGUAAUGACGUAUGUGACAAGAUCACUGGUCGCUGUUCUAGGGGAUGUCUCCCAGGAUAUUAUGGAACCGACUGCCAAACAGCAUGCCCAGAUGGUUACUAUGGUCUAGCCUGUGGCGUCCAGUGUGGCAACUGUGUGGAUGGUGGUGUUUGCAUCAAGACAAAUGGAACAUGUCCUGGAGGAUGUGCAGCAGGGUGGUUCAGUGACAGGUGUGAUCAGCCGUGCCCGGAUGGACGUUAUGGUGCCAAUUGUGCGUCUCCGUGUGGUCACUGUCUGGACACUGAUAUCUGUGACAAGGUAACAGGGAAGUGUCCUGGAGGAUGUCAGCCUGGAUGGUGGCCAGAUCUCUGUUCACAGGCUUGCAGUGAUGGUCGCCAUGGACACCACUGUCAGACUGACUGUGGCCAAUGUAAAGGAAACCUGCCUUGUAACAAGAUCAAUGGAACAUGUCAACAAGGAUGUCAGCCAGGGUUUCAAGAACCCUUUUGUAAAGGUUGUACAGAGUGCUCGACAACGUCAGGACACUCAAACCAUGUAGUGCCAGUUGCAGCAACACUUGGGACACUGCUCGUCUUGGCUCUAAUCGCUCUGCUGACAGCCAUCAUUUACAACAGAAGACUGAAGGUUCAACUGGAUGCGUCACAAAAGAAACCCGAAGAUAACUACUUGUCUUUAGACGAGAGGACCAAGGAUCCAGAUGUGGAGAACACAUAUGAACACAUUGACAAUACCAACGAAUAGUUGCAUAAAGCGUCCUGUCGUGAUGUAUAUGGAUAUAGAAUAGUCUUUUGUAUUAGUAGUAAAUUGUUCUGAGUGUUGACAAAGGUAGUUUCUCAUUUCAGGUCACUAAUUAGAAUAAAACUCGAGCCAGUCGUGUUCUAGCUUAAAUAUCCACAAUGUCACGAUUAUGAAAAUGGUAAUCAGCGUUUAUCUUUUAUCAACUGCAAGCAUCAACAGCAGUGUUUAUUGAACUCAGCACUCUCGAAUAUAGCUCAUAUCAUGAUUCAGUGUAUGGCCUGUUGUAAGUAUUUUGUAUUAUUUUGAAUAUUUCUCUCUUAAUAAUUGUUUGCGGUUGAAAUGUUUGCUUGUCGCCCUGAAUAUGCAAGUUUGAUUCACAGCUGUGAAGACAAGUACUGUGUUCCUCAUAAUACGUGUGGGUUGAAAGUAGCACAAAAAUAUGUUACCUUAACCAUGUUAUUGCACUGAAAUACAACACAUGUUUAUUCAGUAUAGUAUUUAGAUACUGUUUGAAACAUUUCAAAAGUUCAAACACGGUUGAAUCGUUUCCUUAUUACCCUGCACAUAUAAGUUUUGAUUCACAGCAUGGGUGAAGUCCGUUCCUUGUUCCUUGUUGUGGCAUAAGGUUUGCAAAUUGCGCCAAACUAUGUCACUUUUACAACAUUCCUAGACUGAUAUAUCUUAGCUCAAAAUUAUAUAUACCCGGAGAAAAAUUGCUAUCGUUUCUUAUUUGUCGAACGUUUAUGCAUGUCUCUAUGUACAUAUUUCACUGACACCUUUUUUCAUGAAUGUCAAACAUAUCACCAAUAAUAAGCCUCAUGUGUAUAUAAUGUCAUAUAUGUAGAACUUUCAGACUUGCCCGUGUGUACAUUCGUCAUUAUAUAAAUAUCAAGAUACCACCGAUAGCUGGUUUGUUAGUGCAAAACCGUGGUAUGUUUCUUUGGAAGGUCACAUGCACCUCGUCAUAUCGUAGUAAAUUAUGAUACAAACUAUAUGUACUGUCACCUCAUGUUUUACUCUUUCCAAAUGAUUUGAUUUGUAACAUAAAUAAUAUCCACUUGAACCAUUUGUUGUUUUCCCACUAUAUUUCACGUCGGUCAGUGACGCCUAUUUGUAUUGUAUUUUCUUAUUAUAAACCUGUGGCCAGUGAGCAAGAAAAUGUUAUUAACCCUGACGUAUUUUUAUCUAGCAGCAACCUUGCAGGUUGUACUGAGAGUCGCCAUUGGCCUUGUUCACUAUAUGCGGAUUAGGAAUGCAAUAUUUUUUGCAGUUACAAAUUUCAUUAUCUACGAUGGCGAAACUAUUGGGGUUCAGAUUUUUCAUACUAUGCCCUAAAGCAAAAUAUCACUUCGUCACGGUGACGUAACGUUAUGAACAAUGCCGUGACGUCACGUUUUUCUAUGACGUUGCGUUCUAUAUGCGGCGACGGCAGGUAGCCAGCCUAUGUUUGAAAGUAGAUUUGGGUUUACUUUCCUCAAUUUGACGACUUCGUUCAUAAAUAGAGCGUUAUAUUCGUGCCCAUAUCACAUUCGUGCCUAAAGAUCGGUAUAUCACUCGUUCUCGUUCGGGAAAUAGCAACAUUUAGGCACUCGUGUAGUAAAUAUAGUAUGACAUUGGCACAAUCCACUAUUUAGCUUGUCUGUCUGACUUUAUGGUUUCUUUUAUGAGAUAUGUGCUGUGUGUUCAUCAGUAAAAUAUGCAGUUAUGCAUCAUUGCUAUUUUCUACGAAUUGUGUUCGCCUGCUUCGUUUUCCUCCACGAUUAUGAGUCCCUAUGGUUCCUAGUAUGGUGAUCUACCUUCAGUUGUUGGCGAUCAUUAGCCCGUGUUUUAUAUUGUAUUGU